AUGACAGACACCAUUGACAAGAUGGACACCAUCAACAGAACAGACACUAUCAACAGAACAGACACCAUCAACAUUACAGACACCAUCAACAUGACAGACACCAUCAACAAGACAGACACCAUCAACAAGACAGACACCAUCAACAUGACGGACACCAUCAACAUGACAGACACCAUCAACAUGACGGACACCAUCAACUUGAAAGACACCAUCAACAUGACAGACACCAUCAACAUGACGGACACCAUCAACAUGACAGACACCAUCAACAAGACAGACACCAUCAACCAGGGCUGGACUGGCCAUCGGGCGUACCGGGCAAUGCCAGAAGGGCCGAUGCCCAUAUUUGGGCCGCCUUCUCCAAACGCGGUGCCGAGCUCCUCCGCGGUCCACUCCUCUGCGGUCCGAUCCGUGCUGCAGGACAGGACAGUUUGCGCGCCGAGUCUUCCCUCGCCCGCGCUGGUGGUGGAGGACGCCGGUGCUCUCUCCGGUGUUUUUGCCCUUUCCUCCUUCCCGCCGACAGUCCGCCGGUUCGCCGCGCCCCUGUGGCAACGAGUCACCGCCACGGUAGGCGUGGGUCCACUCCUCUCCAGGAAACCGCGCUGUGCCAAUCACAGCUGA